AUGGACAACUACAACGAUUCCGUUGGUGUUAAUUUGAACAAUAUUCUUUACAUUGAUAGUAAUUCAUACGAUGCUGGAUAUAGCAGCGAUGAAGAUGUUAAUGAUGUUGUAUCUAGUGGAUAUCAAAGUUCAGAUGAUGAAGACGAUGAUGAGGAAUCAGUUGGACCGGAGUUGUCAAAUAGCCAAGCAGUUGUAGGUUUAGCAUUGUUUGCUUGCAACUUGUUGUUGAAGGAUGAUCACUUCACACUUAGGUGUAUGAUUGACUUGUGUGCCCUUUUCCAAGUGAUACAUUGGGUUUUGUUUAUUGUCAUAUCCUUGUUGUGA